CAGGUAACAGAUUUCCAAGAUUCCGGCUACUGCAUCGGCAUCAGCUGCAGCCUUCUCCUCGCCGACCCUCUCUUCCUCAUCCGCUUCCUCCUAAAAUGGGCACACACGCAUAGCCAACUUACCGCCCCCAGCUCCCUCGCCACCUCCCCCAUCUUCUACCUCACCAACUUCAGGCCCUCCCCUCUCCCGGCCCACCUCGCCGCCGUCUCCACCGUGGCGCCGCCCACCUCGACCAUCCUCUUCCACCUCCCUCCCACCACCGGAAACAAAUCUGGCGCUUGGCCUUCGGCAGGCGAUAACUUCACCUUUCUGCGUAGCGACCACGCCGGUGGCGUAAAGGUGGAGUUUUGUGUGAACGGCGGCGAAGAACGGGGCGGAGGAGAUAAGACGGCGCGGUGGGAGGAGCUAGGCGCCGGCGAUUUGGUGCUCGGGGAUAAGAAUGUCCCGGUGGGUGUUUCGUAUCGGAUCGUGCCGGGUGGGGAUGGAGCGGGGGCGGUGAUUGCCAUGGUGCCUAGCGAUGGUUCGGAUGUGUUGGUGAGCGUAACGGUUCCGGUUUCGGCCAAGCCUUAGGACUUGGAACUGAAGAAAUAAGGAUUUCAAAUUGCUUUGUGAAAUUGUGAUGGAUUUAAUAUAGCUUUAUCAAUCAAAAUUUACGUUACACAUAUCAAUUUACGGUUAGAAAUUCAGAAACAAUUUUUUAAUAUAUAUAAUUUGAAUGUUGUAUUGUGGUUUUUAAUAUUAUUUGCAUAAGAAAAAUACUAUGAUACAAGUUUUAACUUAGGUUUGCUGAAGAAAAAAAAAAUGUUGACUAAAAGUAAUUCGAUGUAAAAGUAAUAUGUAUUUGUAAUAUUUGAAGUUGUUUGAAUGAAUAUAAAAAGAAUGCAUGAGAUUA